UGAAGCGUGUGUGAGUGCGAGACCUCCUUAAAACAACACUCAGAGAUACUUGAGUACAUGUUGAAAGUCGGUGUUAUAACGGAGAGAAAAAGAGGAAAUGUUUUUUUUUGUGGUCGCCUCUUCUGCUUUGGCGAGUUGAAUAGUGUAGGACCGCCGGAGGAGAACACAAAAAGAGUUCAGUAAAGGUUCCUGACCCCUCUUGCAGGUGAGAUGAGGGACCGACUGUGUGAGCUGCAGACCUCCAAACCUGCAGGGGAGGAGCGCAUGCAAGAUGGAAGCCAGAACCACACCACAGAGGGGGAGGAUGGGGAGCAUCUGGAGCAACAAGCCAUCGUGUUUGAGGGCGAGGAUGUGUUGGACAACCUCUACAAAGAGGCGCAGGCGAUGAGGAAGGAGAUGCUUCUCCUCAGAAUGGACGUGAAGCGUCUUGGGAAGCAGAACACCAGGUUCCUCACGUCUGUCAGGAGGAUCAGCAGCAUCAAACGGGACUCCAACGCACUCGGACGGGACAUCAAGGCCAGAGGGGAGGCCAUUUAUGCUCGGCUGGAGAAGCUGGGGAAGCUGAGCAAAGAGCUGGAUGAGGAGCAAGGGCCUACAUCAGCUGUGGCUCGCAUGGUGCGGUCGCAGCAUGUUUCUCUGACCGCCGCCUUCCACAAUGCCAUGUCUGAGUACAACGAGGCUGAGAUGGUCCAGAGGGAGAACUGCAAGACCCGCAUCCAGAGGCAGGCGGAGAUCAUGGGCAAGGAGGUGAGCAGGGAGCAGAUCGACGAGAUGAUCGAGACGGGCAAGUGGAACGUCUUCUCGGAUAAUCUCCUCCUGGAAGGGAGGACGGCCAGGUCUGCUCUCAAUGAGAUCGAGAACCGGCACAAGGAGCUGCUGGAGCUGGAGAGCCGCAUCAGGGACAUUCAUGAGCUUUUCUCCCAGAUGGCCCAGCUGGUGGAGGAGCAGGGCUGCAUGCUGGAUAACAUAGAAGCGAAUGUAUGUGCGACUCAGGACUAUGUUGUCAAGGCCACAGUUCAGAUCAAGAAGGCUGUGAAAUACAAGAAAAACAAUCCAUGCAAGAAACUCUUCUGUUGUUGCUUCCCUUGCUGCAACUGAGACAGCAUCAGUGUUACUUUUUCUUCUCAGUGUUGCCAGAAUAUCCACAUUUGUUUCAAAUCAGCUUCCUGUGGAAAGAUGGCUGUAAGAUUUUGGUUUAGUUUAUGUAUUUAUUUAGUUCAAAUGAAGCACUGUGCUAAUUUUUAAGCAGUAGCAGCGUCUAAAUUUAACUCUAGUAUAAUUUUCCACACUGAGCUGGUCUGAGAAAAGGCCUGCGUUUCAAACCACACGUCGUCCAUAUGCAAAUGUAUACAGUGAGAUAUGGGUGUUGCAUUUCCUGAUUGCUACAGAGAACCGCUUUGCAUGAUUACUGUAAAGACAUCUAAGCUAUAAUUUAAUGUGUAACUCUCAGCUGUGUCCUUCAGCUUUCAGCUUAAAACUUUGUUGUGUUAUAUGAGAUAUUUAAGUAAUGUAAAUAAAUGCCUUAGAGUGGCUUUUUUUAAUACACACAGACUAGUCUUCACAGCAUGAAUGUAGCUAUUUAAGUAGGUCCAUUUCUUACUUUAGCCAUUGCUUAACGAUUCUUAUGAAACACACUGAACACAACACAGCCAAAUUGUGGUUAGCUGGGGAGGCAAGAUAGAUUUGUGUGGAUUGUGCAACUAUAUGUAAACCACCCCCAUCUAUAGUUAUCACCAGCAAUAAGCAAGGGCUUAAUGUUUCGCAAGACUCUUUAUAUUCCCCCCCACUUUUCAGAGAUGAAACGGUGUCCUCUAUGUUGUCCUGUAGCUCCACUGAUUCACUGGCACACAACCAAAGUCAAUCAUAUUUGUAUACGAAACAGCCCUUGAAUCAUUGUGUACAUAGGUGUUCACUCAGGCAGUGGGACAACAAUAGUGAAUGAGGAAACUAAUCAGGUCAGAGUAGUGCUGUUUGCACAGCAGGCCUAUCUCCUCGUCCUGUGAGUGUAAUGAUAGUAAAAUUAAAAAGACCUUUAUUUUCCCCUUGUGUAGCAGUGCAUCGCCCACUGGGGGAUUCCCAGCUAUCACCUGUUUAACUGAAGCUGAGAGGCUCUGUGACUGAGACCACCAUCACUUCUUCACACUGAAUACAUACAUGAGAGUGGGUGGUUGCAGAAUAACUGCCUCUGCUAUGUGUUGAAAUGGGUUUCAGGGCUGUAAUGAUUGCACUUCCUCAGCGGCGCUGCGUGGUUUGUGGUGGGCAUUUACUGGAAGCGUGACUUUGCACUAUGACACCAUGAAUGCGCCCAGGUAGACUUACCUGGUACUAUCUCGGGCAGAUGGAGCCCAGUCAGGAGGCUGUUGCGUACCAGGAUGGCCGAGUGGUUAAGGCGUUGGACUUAAGAUCCAAUGGACAUAUGUCCUCGUGGGUUCGAACCCCACUCCUGGUAAGCACGGAAGUUUUAAAUAACAAUUUAGUUCUGACCACUUGACCAGCGGCCACUUGCAGUUUCUAUGCCCCGUAUGUAUAUAUGUACAUAGCACUGGACCUUCAUAGGAACGAUUUUAGACCUUGUUUGUGACCCUAAAGGUUUCUAAGUGUAGCAAUAUGUUAAUCCUACAAAGCUAUGAGAGUUCAGAAACCGAGAGGUGAAACCAUGACUCAGCUGUUCUCUAACUCUAACUACAUUAUGACAUUUAGUUUCCCUUUGUACCGGGGAUUUUCUGGGGUAAAUAGAGGCAGCACACUCGACUCUCUAUCUCGGCGUUACAUCCAGAUUUGAAUGGUAAUCGGCUCCAAAUGUAAACAAAACGGUAGCCCAACCACAACUAUUCAAACGACAUGGACAUUUGGAUAAAAUGCCAUCGCUCUAUUUGAUUAGAAGCUAUAAAUCCCGCAAACUGUUAUUGUUGUUUUCGGACGCAGUAAAAGGCUUGUUUACAUCAGCUGCGAUGGUCUAAACAAGAGGAACAGUGGUCUGUAAUUCCAAUUUCUAUCAUUAGAAAGUUGUUAUUUGAAUGUGUGAAUACAGCUUACAUUAAGAGGGAACAUUUGUGUCUGGAAAAUCCUUUUUAUCUGCUGUGGUGUGUGUGUUGAUCUGGCGCCAUCUAGCUGUAAAAUAUGUUCCACAAUCUGUUGCUAUGACAGAUUAUUUUACAUCUAAUCUGCACUAACAGGUAGAACUCAUUAUGAAUACAGCACAAUUUUUAUUUUUUAAGACUCCAUCCUUCUUUAAUUUAAAAAAAAUCUAUAUACAUUUCUUUUUGGUUACUAGACAGUGAUAUCACCAUGAUUGUAUCAGUUUUGUUGCCAUAUAUACUUUGCUUUUUUUGUCAUGUUGACCUGUUGAAAACCCAGUAGGUUUCAAUCUGUAAUGGGAGCUUUAAUCCAGUGUAUGCUGCACUCCUUCCAUCAUUGAAUUUCUGAUGGUGUACAUGAGCUAAAUACAGGCUUGGAAGUGCACGCAACUAUUUUUCUAUAAUUGCUAACUUUAACACUUUUGUCAAAUGUAAACCUAGUGAGUUGAAAAAAGCACUGUGAAGUAAGUGAACCGCUGCAAUAAAAAAAAAGGACAAAAAUAAAAUAAAAUCAACAUUUAAAAACAA